CGGAUCCUCCUCUCUCGCCUCUCCCAUCCCCUGCCCGGGCCGGCUGCGGCGGAGCCGGGAGCUGCCCCUGCCCGGCAGGUGAGUGCUCCGCAGCGCCCGUCCAUGGAUGCCAGCAAGAAGGUGGAUCUGAAGAUCAUCAUCAUCGGAGCUCUGGGCGUGGGCAAGACCUCCCUGCUGCACCAGUACGUGCACAAGACGUUCUACGAGGAUUACCGCACCACGCUGGGCGCCAGCAUCCUCACCAAGGUCCUGCCCGUGGACAGCACCCCCCUGAAGCUGCAGAUCUGGGACACCGGGGGACAGGAGCGGUUCCGGUCCAUGGUGUCGACCUUCUACAAAGGCUCGGACGGCUGCAUGCUGGCCUUUGAUGUGACAGACAGGGAGUCCUUUGAGGCCCUGGACAACUGGAGAGAUGAUUUCCUGGAGAAGGUCAUCCCCAGGGAGCAGGAUUUCCCCAUGGUGGUGCUGGGGAACAAGAUAGACCUCAGUGACCGGCAGGUGCCCAAGGAAACAGCCUCAGCCUGGUGCAAGGAGAAGGACAUCCCCUAUUUCGAGGUCAGUGCCAAGAACAACAUCAACGUGGCCGAGGCUUUCGAGACGCUGGCGAAGCAGGCGCUGAGCACGUAUAAAGGGAUUUUGGAGAGUUAUUUGACCGACUCCAUCAAGCUCACUCCCAACGACAAGCCCAAGCAGAGAUGCUGCUGACCCCACGGUGGAGCCCUGCCCGGGGUCAGUGCCUGCUGCCCACCCCAGCUGCCCACGGGGACUGGCAGUGCCAGGGCUGGGCACACCAGGAGCUGCCAGCUCAUCCCAGGAUUUGCUGCUUGCUCUGGAGCUGCUCUCCAUCACCUCAGUGUCACAGUGGUGGCUCUGUCGCCAUCCCCUCGAUGUCCCUGUGGUGACGGUGCCAGGGAUGCAGGCAGGGCUCUCCAGACACCUUGGCACCAUGGAUGACCCUUGCCAGGGCACAGCCUGGUGGCCCCGUGGCUCCCAGGGUGGUACAGGCUGCCCUGAGGGGACACCUGGGGCUGGUGGCCCCUGCACAGGGACCUGCCACUGUGGAGGCAACUACGCCGUGCCUCAGUUUCCCCUCCUGUCGUGCAUAUCCCCCAUCAAACACCUUCCCCCUCCCGCCUCACUGGGGAGGAUUCUCAAAAAAGCACUUUGUCAAGGGUACUCUUUUUUGGUUUUUUUAAGGAAAUUAAAUAUUUCAUUUUUAUUUAUA